AUGUCUUCAGCAGCCGGAACCACUGCUUGUAGAACAUGCGCGAAAAACGCUGAUGCUCAUCCUGGCCGAAAUGGAGCGGCACAGGCUUCCGAGGCGGUCAGAAAGCCAAAGCCAGUUAGACCACGUCCGGUUGCAGCCAAGGUGACAUCUUCAUCACAGCCUCAGCCGGCAGCCGCUGUGCAGGGUGGAGGACAUGGGGAUCAGAGAGAAGGUCAGAAAAAGCAGGGCCAACUGACGGAGGAUAUUGGGGAGGAUGACAUGAACGUUGAAGUGUUUGAGGGUGUUUCAAAACUGAAGCCUGGAAAGAAGUCACUCAGAGAUGCGGUUAAUGCACGCUUGAAAUCAAUGAAUUCGAAGGCUGCUGAGCUUGCACGUGUUGAUCUUGCAGACAGGAAAGGAAACUCUUUACCGAUGUCCGCUGUCAAAUCUUCAUAUCCUGACCGUAUCAAGGCCUGGGCUUCAGAUGUAGUACCAAGUCUUUCAAGUUGUUCAUCCGAAAAUGGCGGCUCCCGGCGGUUGAUUUCUGUUUCGAAAGCCUCUGUCCCUCCAUCCACUAUAUUCUCCCACUCUGCGACAACGGCUACUUCAAAUGUGACUAGCAUAAGCUCCAAAGCCAUUCCAGCCAAAGGUUCCGAUGUGUCUGCCAUUCCUAUCAGUGAUCUGGUUGGAGGAUUCGGCGAUGAAGAUAUCGACGACUCAUACGAACGCCAGGCUGCAUCUGAAGUGAUGAAGACAGGAAGACAACCGGUUGAGCCUAUCCUCCAGUUCGACGAUGUUACUGACUCGGAGUCUGAAGAUGUCGAACCUGGCAGCAAGGCUGCUCGCCACUUGGCUGCAGAAAAGUCAAAUGGCAUUCCCCCACCGGCUACUCAGCCUCGCCAACCUCACGCCACCCAAUUCGCAAGUGGUAUGAAACGGAAAUUGGCAUCAGGGCCCAGCCUCAAGACCGUGGAGAGUUUUGAUGACCUGGAGGAGUCUUCACUAGCUAGCCUUAGCUUUGGAACGCAGGAACCCAUGGUUGUCGAUAUCAAGAAGGCCUCACGAACAACAUCCUCGACUACCAUUAUGACUACUGACACUAAGGUACCACCUGCAAAGAAGGCCAAGACCGCGUUAAAGGUCAAGACCGAACAAACGGACCUGCGGAUGAUGGCCCUUGGGUUGAAACGAUCAAGGCUUGAUCGGCCUACCGGAACACAGAUCUUCCCCCCACUUGUCAGGAUGGACGCUGGCCAAAAGUAUUUCUUCCGACCAUCUAUUUGUGGGCAGGAAACCAAUCAACGCCUCUCUGAGUGGCGCAGCAAUUUUGGCUCUACCGCCAUCGCCAUCAUCAUUGACUUUAUGGCUUGGAAUGAUGACACUAGCCCCAGUGACCUCGCUGAGUAUCUUCUUUCGGAUUUCGGAUUCCUUUAUGAAGACCCGGAUGUCAUUGACAAGAUGAAGACUUUCCGGUGAAGGUACAACAAUUUAGAUGGUGAGUCUGAACAAUGUUGGGUCUUGCAGAACCUAGCUGCUAUUCGACCCUAAAGGGUUUCUGGACCAGGCUCAAGGCUCAGAGGAGAGGAAAUGUCAUAAAAACUGCUCAAGACUCAGACUCAUACUGGUAACUGGUGAAAAGGUAACUUGCUUAUGUAAGCUACAAAAGUGCCAAUAUAAGGUAAGGUAAAAACAGUCUCUACAAGCCCAGCCAGAAAUGAAUCCCUACACCG